AUGGAGAACGGAGGCUCAAACGAGGACUAUGAUUCAUCACUACCCGUAGAAAAAUGGUGUGGAGAUGAAAAACUUUAUCAAUGGAAGGGAUUUUGGUUCAGACUCCAAUACCUGCCAGGAACCCAACAGGUUCUUGACCACUUCAAGCCGCUUCCUACUGAUGUUAUCUUAGCAUCUUUCCCAAAAACUGGCACAACUUGGCUCAAAGCUCUCUUGUAUUCCGUCAUCAAUCGCUCUUCUAGAGACUCUUUGAAAACCAAUCAUCCCCACAUGCUUGUACCAACAUUAGAAAUUCAAUUAUAUGAUGGAACACAACCACAAUCUUUUAGUAGCUUUGCCAGCACCAAUUCGCCUGCAGCCAGGAUUUUUGCUACUCAUCUGCCUUACCAAAUCCUGGCGGACACUGUUAAGCCAUCAGAUUGUCGCAUGGUUUAUGUCACUCGAAACCCCAAGGAUACCCUCAUAUCAUUCUGGCAAUUUGUGUUGAAGUCUACGAGUUAUGAAGACCCAUGGCCUUUGGAGGUGGCUGUAAAGAAGUUUUGUAGUGGGUUGAUCCCUUUUGGACCUUACUAUGAUCAUGUUUUGGGGUACUGGAGGGAGAGCUUGGAGAGGCCUGAGCAAGUGUUCUUUAUUACUUAUGAAGAACUUAAAGAUGAGCCCAAGCCUCAUGUGAAGAGAUUAGCAGAGUUCUUGGGGAAUCCCUUCAAUGGUGAUGGCGAGGAAGAGGUCUUGGAUGAGAUAGUGGGAAACUGUAGCUUUGAGAAACUGAGCAACUAUGAGGUAAACAAGUCCAGUGAGCAUACACAAUGGAUGAAUUUGCCAUUUAGUUCCUUCUUUAGGAAAGGAGAUGUUGGGGAUCAUAUCAAUUACUUGAACAAUGAAAUGUUGGAAAGCAUUGACGCAAUUACAAGGGAGAAAUUUCAUGGUUCAGGUUUCAUGUAUGGAAUUUAG